CAGAGACGGGAAUUUCUGAUAGCGUUACAUACAUCCGCACCUUCCCUUUUCUAAGAAACAUUUAUUAUAUUCUGAUACUAAACCCCCGAAUGCUUUGUCGCUCUCCUCAAUUAGGGUUUGCAAAACGAGCCUAAUCGGAAUCGGACCACUGAGAGUCCUCUGCGGCGUCAACGUUGAACCAACACUCCCGCAUUGAUUUCAGGGUUGCUCAAAUGGAGGAUGCCCAAGAAGUAUCUGAGACAAUGUCGGAGGGAUCAUCCGAAAAGAUACAGGAAACUCGCGAUGAAAUGCUCUCCAGGCACAGGAAAGAGACUUCAAAGUUGCAGGACAAGGAAAUUCAAUUGAAAAAGGCUGCAGCAAAAGGUAGCAAGGCUGAACAAAAAGCUAAGAAAAAGCAGGUGGAGGAAGAGAUUUCUCGACUUUCUGCUGAGCUUAAAGAGAAACAAGCUGAAGAACUUGCAUCAUUAGGCUAUAGCAGCACUAACAAUGGAGGUGAAAAGAGUAAUCUGGAUACUUUAGUGAAGGCCAUAGCUGGUGUUUCUGUAAGCAGUCAACCUGAGAAUGCAAAGCCUAGCAAGAGUUCAAAGAGAAAAGUGAAAAGGGCUCAGGAGGAUGCAGCAAGGGAGCAGAGAAUUCAAGAAGAGCAGAGCAACUUAGUAAGCGAUCGAAUGGUUGAGGAUGAGAAACUAGGAAAAAAGCUUGAACCCCUUGGUUUGACAAUUAAUGAGAUAAAGCCUGAUGGUCAUUGCCUCUACCGUGCUAUCCAGGAUCAGCUGGCUCACCUUUCUGGAGGUUCUUCACCUUACACAUACCAAGAGCUUCGAGAAAUGGUGGCUGCGUAUAUGAGGAAGCAUGCACCUGAUCUUCUCCCAUUUUUCUUGUCAGACAAUCAAGGAGAUGGUGAUUCUGAUGAUUCCGUUGCUGAAAGGUUCGAGAAUUACUGUAAGGAAGUGGAGUCAACAGCAGCAUGGGGAGGACAGCUAGAGCUUGGGGCUUUAACUCACUGCCUUAAAAAGCCAAUCAAGGUAUACUCAGGAUCAUUCCCUGAUGUGGAGAUGGGUAAGGAGUACAAAUCUGAGAGUGGAAAUGGUUUUGGUUCUUCUGGUUCGAGUAUUAUGUUGUCAUAUCAUAAGCACGCAUUCGGGCUUGGUGAGCACUAUAAUUCUGUGGUCCCAAUAUGAUCAAAUAGUAGCAGCGUCCACACACAAAAAAACCGUUGGCUUGCUCUCUAGUUUGUAAUUUGUGCUGAGAAAAAGCACGUUUUGAGCUCCUUUGAUUCUUGAUACUACAGUAGACAGUACUGCCACUACAAUUGCGGUGUUUCCUUUUAUUUCAAACUUUUCUGGACUACGUUGUGUAGCUAAAUAUGGUUAAUGAGUAUUUGACACAUUUUAGAGC